UCUCGUGCUCUUUGCCGUGUUGCCGCUGCCUGCCUGCUUGCCCAGCCUGUACUGUACAUGACAAAAGCAAGGGGAUGGAGUGAGUGAGAUAAAUCCACACUUCUUAUUUCUCACACACACUUUUUUUUGUAGGAAGAGGGGGUUUUGGAUCACUGCGCCACAUUACAAGAACACGGCUCCUAGUUCAUGUUAGUAAUAGAAGGACCCAGCAGCCUAUCUCUUUUUACGCACAGCCUACUCCUGUGAAGGCAGCAGCAGCAGUUCAGAUCAGAUUUCACAUUCAGCUCCGACCAGCUGAGAGCGAGAGACAGCCAGAGAGAGCAGGAGGGCUCUUAUCUCGGCUUUCCACCACCGAUCCCCCCUCUUCUGUUCGCCUGAAAAAGAACCCUGCGAGGAAAAAAACACGGGUGCGCGGCGCAAACAUUAAAGCGCCACUGGGAUUUUUUCCCUUCCUUUUUUUCUUUUUAUGUAUUUUUGCAGGAUUUAAGCAGCGAGCGCGCCACAGAGAAAGAGAUAGAGAGCAGCAGAGAUGGACGAGCAGCCGAGGUUGAUGCACUCUCACACGGGGGUAGGCAUGGCAGGGCACCCCGGCCUGCCGCAGCACAUGCAGGAAGGCAACGGAGGAACGGACGGCGACGGCAGAAAACAGGACAUUGGAGACAUUUUACAGCAAAUUAUGACCAUCACGGAUCAAAGUCUGGACGAAGCGCAAGCCAGGAAACACGCUCUGAACUGUCACAGAAUGAAGCCAGCUCUGUUCAAUGUCUUGUGUGAAAUCAAAGAAAAAACAGUGCUGAGUAUCCGCGGCGCCCAGGAGGAGGAGCCCCCGGAUCCACAGCUCAUGCGCCUGGACAACAUGCUGCUGGCGGAGGGAGUAUCCGGUCCGGAGAAAGGUGGAGGCUCGGCGGCUGCGGCGGCCGCAGCGGCAGCCUCGGGAGGCGCAGGGCCGGACAACUCGGCAGAGCACUCUGACUACAGAGCCAAACUGACCCAGAUCAGACAGAUCUACCACACAGAGCUGGAGAAGUACGAACAGGCAUGCAACGAGUUUACCACCCACGUGAUGAACCUCCUGCGAGAGCAGUCACGCACACGGCCAAUUUCGCCCAAAGAGAUCGAGCGCAUGGUGAACAUCAUCCACCGCAAGUUCAGCUCCAUCCAGAUGCAGCUCAAGCAGAGCACCUGCGAGGCCGUCAUGAUCCUGCGCUCCCGUUUCCUCGAUGCCAGACGGAAAAGACGAAACUUCAACAAGCAGGCAACAGAGAUCCUGAACGAGUAUUUCUACUCGCACCUCAGUAACCCGUACCCCAGCGAGGAGGCUAAAGAAGAGCUGGCUAAAAAGUGUGCCAUCACAGUUGCCCAGGUUUCCAACUGGUUUGGGAAUAAGAGAAUCAGAUACAAGAAAAACAUUGGUAAGUUCCAAGAAGAAGCCAACAUGUACGCUGCGAGAACUGCCGUGAAUGCGGCUAAUGCAUCCUCACAUGGGAGCCAAGCAAAUUCACCCUCAACUCCAAACUCUGCAGGUUCUGCUGGCUCUUUUAACAUGUCAAACUCCGGGGACUUGUUCAUGAGCGUGCAGUCUCUCAAUGGGGACUCGUACCAGGGGGCUCAGGUGGGAGCCAACGUGCAGUCACAGGUGGAUACCCUUCGCCAUGUUAUCAGUCAGACAGGCGGAUACAGUGAAGGACUCACAGCCAACCAGAUGUACAGUCCGCAGGGCAUCAAUGCAAACGGUGGCUGGCAGGAUGCUCCGACCCCCUCAUCAGUGACUUCACCCACAGAAGGACCCGGAAGCGUUCACUCUGACACCUCCAACUGAUCCUCCACCCCCACAACCCCCCCCCCCCCCCCCCCCCCUCCCCUUGACUUUACCCUGUUCUCUGCUUCCCUCCACCACUUCUUCCCCCCAGCCACAUCUUCAAAAACUAAAACCCCAAAGGGACUGGAUGUGACGUACUGUUUGUAGUCACACAGCGGGACACAGUUGGGGUCUGGGAUGACGUUUUCCCCCUAACGGACGAAUAUUUCACUUUUCCUAUCUGGACCAUGGCAGCACCGUUAGCAGCCUGCGUAGGGGACUCAUAUCCACACUUCACAGUUUGUACAGUUUCCACUUGAUGUCCAUGUUGCCUCUUUGUAUUUUCUUUAACAUGAUAUACUCACACAGUAGGCACACAGCUAGCAGCGUAAUACCCCACACGUCUUGUAAAUUGAGAUGCUUUCACUCUACCUCUAUUGGAAAUAACGACAGGAAAAAAAAAAAACAUUUUGAAUGCUUUGGAUUGAAAACGUUUUAUAAUAAUUGGGAUUCUUCUGUACACCACACCAUGCCCUUUAUUUUCUGUGUUUACAUUUUGUUGAUCUAUCGUGCCAAAGUUCAGCUCUGGAGGUGAAUUUCGAUAAUAUUACAUUUCAUGCUUUAAUGUCAGGUCCUUACAUCUUUCAUGCAAUAAUUAAGUGAAGUCUAAUUAUGUUAGUCCAGUAAUAUCCAAAAUGUUCAACCUCGAUUUGUAUUCUUUGUAUUCAGAACCUCUACAACACUGACAUUUGAUGAGUGGGUUUCCUGCUCACAAUUCACCGUUUUUACACAAGCAUUCACAGAAAUGAGCGCAGAGAGAGUGGAGUUGUGUCCUGCAUGUUGGCUGCUUUCACCCUAUUCAAAGACAAAUCCACUCAUAACAUGAAAUCAAUGAAAACUGAAGCAGGAAUCGCAGCACGUCGAUGAGUAUUAAAGCACAAUAACACCACCAUCGAGGGUUGGGUUUUGUAAAUGUCAGAGAGACAAACAAUGCAGAGGACAUUUCUACUGUGGUCGUCAUACAUGGAAGAAAGAGAGUGUACAUAGGGUGCAUAUGUGGGACAUCAACAGUGUGUAUCAGUGAGGUCAUUAUAGCCAAAUACUGCUGGUAACCAAAUCCAAUACAACAAUUGUAAUUUUGAUUUUAAGGUUCAGAGUUUUGUUGUCGGGAUUAAACGCUGGCAUGUCUUUUCUCAUCUCACUUUGCUUUCAUGGAGUUAUAUUUGGGUCAUAAUCCUGAGAACACAAUGAUCAAAUUAUUCUACACAUGAGAAGAAUCACUUUGAAAAUUAUACUUUGAAUGCAAGUGGAACGUUUUUUUUUUUUAGUGUGUGUUUGUGUUAAAAAUAUCCUCCUGCACGCUCGUGGUUUUUUGGCACAAAUAUGACUCCGUACAUGUUCAGCCAAAAAGCCAGAAUUAAAGGUUACAUCACCCUGUUCAUCUGAUAACAUUAGUGGGAACAUUUGUAUGUUUCAAUACUUGUUUUAUUUCACAGUGUCACUCAAAACGACACGUCCAUCAACACGAAGCGAUCCAAAAUGUGAAAUUAAAUUUGUUGUAUGUACAGUCUAGUUUGUGGUCUAACAUGUAGACAUGAUUAGUCCUCAUUAGAUAUCAGCAGUUACAUUCUUUGAUACCAAAAAAGGAAAAAGGCAGAGUUUAUAUCCUCUACAUUGGGAUCAGCUUUACGGACACAUUUUUUCUUUCCCCUCUUUUCUGUACUAACGAGCAUCUCUCAGUGCUCUGGUGCUCUGUAUUCAACGCCCAACUAUGCUGUUUGAAAACAGAGGUGUUUAUAGAAACAAAAACUCUGAUGGCACACAAAUCCAGAUACUGUUUGGAUAGAUUUUUACGUCUCAAUUUUGUGAAUAACUUGUGCUUCUUCUUCUUCUUCUUCUGUUUUUUUUUUCAUUUGAUAUUACGUUGCUUUGCUACUUUGGAUAUGUUUCUUAUUUGAUGCUACCAUUAUAUGUGAAUUAGCCCAAGAAUGCUCUAUAUACAGUAUGUAGAUAUGCACCUUUACUCCUUUUUUUUAUUUCAUUUGAACAGUACACAUUUUAGCACAGCAUAAUGGAGUUCCUGUCGGAUCGAUGGGGGAAAUCUGGGACAUUUCUUUUGUACUCAGACAAACCUGAACGAGUCUGCAUCCGGGAUGGCUGCCGUCUGAAUCACGGUGACAUGAAACGUCAGCGUUAACGUCGAUCUUUGGCUUUGUUUUUAGUGUGGUGGUCACUGAGAGAGAGUCAAAAUGUAAUCCCACGAUCCAAACGAGUCUCAGUGCAGCCUGAAAACCAAGCAGAGGUAUUUUUUGAACAGUUGUCAGUGUGUUUGUAUUUAUUACACAUGUGUGAGAUCAUGGAUGUUUCAGAGCUUCUUUGUGGAGGACAACGGCAUAAUUACACCAGACAAACCCAUACGGAUCAUUCAGAGCAGCUCCUACUCGACCCCCCCACCCCCCCGGCCCCCUGCUCAGUAUUACAGUCGAGGGGCCGAGCGUCAUUGAAGUGAUACACAGAACCUGCCUCAGUCGUGUCUUCUGAAGUCAUUGGAGUGAACUGACAGCACCGGCCAUGCAAGGCAAACACAAGGAUUGUUUUUGCACCCCUUCAACAAAAAAGAAAAAAAAAGGCUUAACUCUACUUUUCACAUUGCCUGUCAAAUAUUACCGAAGCUUCAUGUAAUGACGCUUUUUAGUUUUUGAAUAUAAAAGGAAAAGAGACAUGAAAAGAAAAAUGAACAAUUUGUAAAACAUGAAAUGUUUUAUUUGUUGCAUGUCCUUUUUGUUCUUCAAUAAAAAAAAAAAAAACGUACUGCAGUGUUUUGAAUGUUAACUUCUUUUUUAUAAGGAUUGAAAAUCGUGGAGCCUUUUUCUUGACAGGUUUGAACUUUUAAGAUCUCUGCGUAUGUAAAAAGGUAUCAAAUGGAAAACUUGUCUUUUUCAUUCCAAUUCAAAACCUGUUUUCUGUGAAGAAAAAAUAGCUGAAAGGUGUAGGUUUUAUGGUCUCUUAAUUUGUACUGGCAAUGCGUAUCCCAAAUAAAUCGUUUCUUUUGUUGCAUAAA